AUGCGGAUCCCGGUGCUCCUGUGCGCGCUGGCGUGUCUGUCUGCAGCCCCGGGCCCGGUGCUCGGGGCGGACCGGAGCUGCGGGGACCUGCGGCAGUUCUACACCGGGAAAGGCUUCACUCUGGCGGACGCACCUCAGAACGAGAUCUCCGGUGAACAUCUGAGGAUGUGUCCUCAGGGUCCGACCUGCUGCACCAGCACCAUGGAGGAGAACCUGUCCGGGCUGACGGCCCGAGAGACCGAGGGGCUGAUCCGAGACGCAGGCCGGUCGCUGCAGGCGGCUUUCAACGCCCUCCACAGGAGCUUCGACACCUAUUUCACUGAGCUGCACAGUCAGUCCGAGCGCUCCCUCCAGGAGGCGCUGUCUCCGCUCGGCCCUCUGUACUCCCAGAACACCCGCCUGUAUGGAGACCUCUACAACGACCUGCGACAGUACUACCGGGGCUCCGCUCUCAACCUGGACGAGACGCUGUCGGAGUUCUGGUCCCGGCUUCUGGAGCGCACGUUCAAAUCCUCCGUCCCCACAGAGGUCAGCCUAUCGGAGGACUACCUUGAAUGUGUCGCUAAGCAACAGGAGACGCUGCGGCCAUUUGGAGACGUCCCCCGGGACAUGAGGGCGAAGGUGAUCCGGGCUUUUGUCACCGCCCGGUCGUUUGUCCAGGGGCUGGCAGUCAGCGGAGAGGUGGUCAGGAAGGUGUCGCAGGUCUCUCUGAGUGUGGAGUGCACCAAGGCCCUGAUGAAGCUGGUGUACUGCCCUCACUGCCGCGGCAUGAGCUCCGUCAAGCCCUGCUCCAUCUACUGCUCCAACGUCAUGAAGGGCUGCCUGGCCAACCAGGCCGACCUGGACCCCGAGUGGCAGAACCUCAUAGACACUAUGAUCCAGGUGGUGGCCAGUUUCAGCACAGAGCCCAGCCUCGACGUGGUUCUCUCCUCCAUCCCUGCUCGGAUCUACCAGGCCAUUCACUACCAGCAGGAAAACAUGGACACGUUCACAGCCAGAGUUUACCAGUCAUGUGGAACGCCAGGGGAAUCAGGCACAGGAAGUCCCGCCCCCCACGAGCCGAGGAGGAAGAGCGGCUUGCUGACGGCCUCCGAGUACAAACCCUCGCCCACUGCCGGGCUCAGGCUGGAGAUGCAGGUGUCGGACCUCUCCAGUAAACUGAGGGAGAUGAGGCAGUACUGGGUCCAGCUCCCGGUGGCACUGUGCAGCAAACUGGCAGCAGGAGGCGCCGCGCAGGAUAAAUGCUGGAACGGCAUCACCAAAGCCAGAUAUCUUCCAGAGGCGAUGGGCGACGGCCUGGCCAAUCAGAUCAACAACCCAGAGGUGGAGCUGGACAUCACAAAGCCAGACAUGACCAUCCGGCAGCAGAUCAUGCAGCUGAAGAUCAUGAGCAGCCGGCUGAAGAACGCCAUGGAGGGUAACGACGUGGACUUCCAGGAUGCAAGUGAAGACAUCAGCGGCUCAGGAAGCGGGAUGUGCGUGGGUGGACAUUGUCCUCGGGGCAGGCCGGGGUUGUACGCCUACUCGCCAGAAAACAACCGAGUCCGAGGCGCGGCCGCGGCUCAAACCGGCCUCCUGCUCCUGCUCCCAUUGGUCGCCCUGCUCUUCCAGCGAUGAUUGACAGCUCCCGCCUCCAAUCAGACUCUGAAGUCUCCAGCGGGGCUGAACUGUGGGACGGACUGGGAGAGAGGUUGGAAAGUUACCUUGCCAAAAAAAAGUUCAACAAAGACAUUUUUGGACAAGAUUUUUCUUUGACUUCAGAGAGAAGCGAAAACACUGACAGUGACAAUGUUCUUUAUUUUGUUCGGCUCGGUUUCCAUGAGUGUUGAUUGUGUGAUUCGGUUUCUUGAACUGGUUCCAGUGGACUCCUGGGGAUGAGGAUUAUGGGAGAUGAAGACGAGCAAGAAGAAACCUGACGAUGAUGAAGACGAUGAGGACAUUAACGACGACUUCUUGACUUUAUAUCAGGUCCAUUUAGCUCCAGCGUCCAGUGGCCCAAUGCGUGGUGCGUUCAAGAACACUUGUCAUUUCGUUUUUUUUAGCUGCAGGUUGUCGACCUUAAGGAACAUUGUGUAAGCUGUAAAUGUUUGUGUGCAUUAGCUCAGAGACCGGCGUCAUACUCAGCCUUGAAUGUACAGUAUGAUACUCACAGUAUAUUGGCAAAAGAUUCCCCCUAAUACUCUGUGAUGUAGUUGUCCAGUUGUUUCAGUGUGUGUUUGUGUGUCGGCGUUAAACAGCUGCAGACGAAUGAUGCCGCUCCUGAAAUGCAGUGACGAUGAUUUUACCUCAUCGUCACCGUAAAGCCAAAACAUUUCAAAAGAGAAAAGAAGAUGACAACUUUUUUAUUUUUUAUUUUCACCACCUCAUCACCUUUGUAAAGAAAUGAGCCGCCUCGUGAAAGCAGCGAUAAACAAGCACAGUCGUGGAGUUUCCUUAAAUUCGAGAACGUUUGUGACACUGACGCUGGGAUUUUUAUUAUGACGAAUAACAAGGAUUUUCAGUUUUGCACAUACGGUUCAGGAUAUUUGCAAAACAUACCGACAACCUGUACAAGUUUGGUGAUUUGUUUCUUGCCCGGCAUGCCUGCUUCUCGGCCUGCACUUCUCUACUGGUACACAACAAAACACAGAACUCCCACGAAUAGCCGACCUCUCGCACACACACGCACACGCACACCGGGGUUGUGUAUCAAGCUGAUUUUGUUUUUUGUUCAUGAGUGUAUUGAAUCGCACAUUUCAUUCAUUAAACUCUGUUUGAUUGUCGC